AUGGUUAAACAAUUAGGAACUGGUGUGACAAACAGCAACGUAGAAACACACUUGGUCAUCAGUGGUCCGAAGCUCACGGUCGAAGAUUUUACACGCGCAAACUUUUCAGACGCUCACAUACGUAACGGAUUCAUUCGAAAAGUCUACCUUAUUCUGUUUUCCCAGCUGUUGGUAAGUGGAGGAUUCAUCGCUCUGUGCACCCUACUACCUGUCAUAUGCGUCUGGAUAAGGCACCACCCGAUUUUUCUUUACGUGUCCUACGGAGUAUUCUUCGCCACCUACAUCACGUUGGCAUGUUGCACGAGCGUCAGACGGAAAGUCCCUGGUAACUUCCUGGCACUGUUUAUCUUCACAUUGGCAUUUUCCUACGUGGCCGGAGCCAUCAGUUGCAGCUACGGGACAAUCUCUGUGCUUUCCACGGUGGUGAUUACCGCGGCCACUUGUCUUCUGGUCUCUCUCUUCGCCGCAACGGGUUGGAUCGAUUUCACCAAAUGCACUGCGCUCCUACUUGUGCUGUCAAUCGGGCUGAUUUUGUUCGGUUUGGCUUGCAUGGUGGUCUAUCUUGUGUUAGGUCCUAACAAAAUAUUGCACACGGUUUACGGGGGAGUCGCAGCAUGCGUCUUUAUUCUGUAUUUAAUUUACGAUACACAAAUGAUUAUCGGUGGUGGAGCCUAUGACUACAGUCCGGAAGAGUAUAUAUUUGGCGCGCUCCAACUUUACAUGGAUAUUAUGAAUUUAUUUCUUCUGUUACUCGGUUUGAUGGGCAACCAAGAUUGAGUGGGAAAAGGUCCACGCGCUGCAACCCAGACGCGGGAUCGCACGGCAGGUCGAUGACGAUGAGGAGAACUUCGACGUCACGUGACUUUGAAUGUGGCAAGUCUGUCAGUGUAAAAGAAGAAUAACUGCCAUGCACACAUGCUUUGUUAUUCAAAAGCGAGAGAGGGCUCACAACGUGGGGUACACACGGAGAGAAAGCGCGGUAGCCGUUUCCAAGUAAAACAGUUCAUCAAAAC